AAGUUUUGCCAUUUCAAUUGCUUUCAUACAGUUACUUUUUUUUCUCUAUUUCUUCACUUUAACUGAGUUUAACAGGCACACACACAGGGACAAAACAACAACAACAAAAAAGGCAACAUUUCAAGUGCAAAUAAUUUUUGGCGAUCGGAGUGCACGGAUUUUUACAGUGCGUGUGUGUUCGUGUUUGUGUGUGUGUGUGUGCGCAAAUUUUUGGCAUAUUUGCAACUUAACUUGCUAAACUAUUUACGAAAUUUUCAUGCUGCGCUCGGCGGCGCAUAAAAAAACUGACAGUGAGAGCAGAAACCGGAGUGAGCGCGGGAGCAGGUAAUGCUGCCAGGCAACCGCUGCUAAACAGUUGUGCAUAUAUUUUGGAGGACGAAAGGAGGACAGGAGCUCAGGCUUUGUUGGUUCAAUAAAAAACAACAACAACUGCAGGGUGUUUAAACACGAAAACAAUAUCAAACAAGUGAGGAAAGGGGUCUCUCGAAGCUAGGCAACGUAGCCAGCCGCCUGUCAAUGCAGGGCCAUGUCAGGAUUUACAGCGGCGGCGGCGGCGGAGAUGCGGCACUUUUGUAUUAUGGCUGCGCCGGGCCCGUGGGCGACUGGACGCAGCGCAUCGCCAGUUUGCAGCCGACAAUCGACCAGAGCGUGGCCACCAUGUACGGACGGCUGCCGGGCACAGGCAACGGUGCGGUCAGCGGCGGCGUUGGGGCGGGUGCUCUUGGUGACAGGGUGAAAAUUGGCUUCUGCACGGAUUUGGACAAAUCGGUGCUGGUGAACAACUUUGAGAAACGCGGCUGGCAUCAGGUGAAUGGCGACGAUGAUUGGCAUUUCUAUUGGGCUGGGGUGCAGACGUGCCGCAACAUUUUCAGCGUGGACAGCGGCUAUCGGAUGCACGACACCCAGAUGAUCAAUCACUUUCCCAAUCACUAUGAGCUCUCGCGCAAGGACCUGCUGGUGAAGAACAUCAAGCGUUAUCGCAAGGAUCUCGAGCGUGACGGCAAUCCGCUUGCGGAGAAAACUGAAUCGAAUAACUCGAGCGGCACACGUUAUCUCUAUCUGGACUUUGUGCCAACUACCUUUGUGCUGCCCGCCGACUAUAAUAUGUUUGUGGAGGAAUAUCGCAAAUUUCCGCUAAGCACUUGGAUCAUGAAGCCGUGCGGUAAGUCUCAGGGCGCUGGCAUUUUCCUGAUCAAUAAGCUGAGCAAGCUGAAGAAGUGGUCACGCGAGGCGAAGGGUCCCUUUCAUCCGCAGAUAGCCAAGGAAUCGUAUGUUAUCUCGCGAUAUAUUGAUAAUCCGCUUUUAAUUGGCGGCAAAAAGUUCGAUUUGCGUCUUUACGUGCUCGUCACCUCGUUCCGGCCGCUCAAGGCGUAUCUGUUCAAGCAGGGCUUUUGUCGCUUCUGCACCGUCAAGUAUGACACAAGCGUCACGGAGCUGGACAACAUGUACGUCCAUCUAACCAAUGUCAGUGUGCAGAAACAUGGCGGCGAAUAUAAUACCCUGCAUGGCGGCAAAUGGUCCGUACAGAAUCUGGCGCUCUACUUGGAGGGCACGCGUGGCAAGGAGGUUACCGAUCGCCUGUUUGGCGCCAUCUCCUGGCUAAUUGUCCACUCGCUGCGCGCCGUGGCGCCCGUCAUGGCCAGUGAUAGGCAUUGCUUCGAGUGCUAUGGCUACGAUAUUAUCAUUGACAAUGCUCUGAAACCCUGGCUGGUGGAGGUGAAUGCCUCGCCCUCGCUAACCUCGACCACGGUCAACGAUCGCAUACUCAAGUACAAGCUGAUCGAUAAUAUACUCUCGGUGGUACUGCCACCGGAUGGUAUACCGGAUGUGCGCUGGUGCAAGAUACCCAGCGCGGAUGCUUUGGGAAAUUUCGAGCUGCUCAUCGACGAGGAGCUGGCUGCACACGAUGAGGCGCAAAACAGCAACAACAACAACAACAACAGCUCCUCGCAUACCAAAUCCUCGAAGCUCAGCAGCCGCUGGAAGUGACGAAAGUAGCCCCGAGCUGAGCCGACGCGCUCAGCUCACAAGUGAGAGCGGUGCAAUAGCUUAUAUUUUAAAUCGUAUAGCCGUGGCAAUGUGUUCCGAAUAAAAGUCUACGUGGAGAAAACUUAAUUUUCUAA